GCAGAAAAGUGGGCGGGGCCGUGUAUCCGGGAUCUGCUGCUGACCCCCAGCGCGACCCUGCAGGAUUGCAAACAUGGCGGAGCCCUCCGUAGGGAAGUCGAGCCCAGGAGGCUCAGUGGGUUCCGUGGACCAUGACUUCGACCCCUCUGCGGACCUUCUUGUCCACGACUUUGACGACGAGCGCACCCUUGAAGAAGAGGAGCUGUUGGAGACGCCGGACGACACAAACCCCAACGAGAUUGAAGAUCUCGCCCGUGAGGGGGAAAUGCCCAUUCACGAGCUGUUGAGUUUGUACGGUUAUGGCGGUGGUUCCCCUGCGGAUGAGGACGAAGAGGAGGAGGAACCGGAGGAGGAUGAGGAGGAGGAGGAUGAAGAGGAAGAAGAGGACGAAGAAGAAGAAGAAGAAGAGGAGGAACUGGAUAAUGACGAGAGCAGCAGCACUGGUGGCCUGAAGAGAACUGAGGUGGAGGGGGCCAAGACCCCGUCUGAGCUGGAGGACGACGCCAAGCCGCCCAGCGAGGGGGGGUUGGGUCUGGCCGGCGGGCGCACGCGCUCGGUGCGCUCCCUGGGCACGGCGGACCUCAUCCGCACGCAGAAGCUCAAAUACUUCGAGGGCCACGACGCGGAGGACGAGUCUGAGGAGGACGAGGACUACGUCCCAUCGGAGGACUGGAAGAAGGAGAUCAUGGUGGGCUCCAUGUACCAGGCAGAGACCCCCUCGGGUCUGACUAAAUACAAAGAGAACGAGAAGGUGUAUGAGAACGAGGACCAGCUGCUAUGGAACCCUGAGUGCCUUCCGGAAGGCAAGGUAGUGGAAUUCCUGACGGAGGCUUCACGGCGAACCGGAGAGGAGACGGGAGUGGACGCCGUUCCCGAGGGAUCCCACAUCAAAGACAACGAGCAGGCUUUGUACGAGUUGGUCAAGUGUGACUUUGACCCAGAGGAGGCCUUGAGGAGACUCAAGUUCAACGUGAAAGCGGCCAGAGAGGAAUUGUCCGUCUGGACUGAAGAGGAAUGUAGAAAUUUUGAGCAAGGUCUCAAAGCCUAUGGGAAAGAUUUCCAUCUAAUACAGGCCAAUAAGGUGAGAACUAGGUCUGUAGGAGAAUGUGUGGCCUUUUAUUACAUGUGGAAGAAGUCUGAGCGUUAUGAUUUCUUUGCACAGCAAACCAAACUUGGGAAAAGGAAAUAUAAUCUUCACCCCGGUGUAACAGACUACAUGGACAGGCUAUUGGACGAGACGGAGAGCGCGGCCUCCAGCAGGGCGGCCUCGCCCCCCGCCAACGCCUCCAACAGCAGCACCAGCCAAUCAGAGCGCGAGGACAGCAGCGGUCACAACGGGGAGCAGACACUGCUGGCCCCCCAGGUCAGAGCAGAGGCGCUCCAGGCCAACGGCCCGCCCCCGCCCCCCCCCCCCCCUCUCACGGACAGUGACUCCAACUCCAACGGCGGCGGUGGCGGCGGCGCUAGCCACGAGCGGAACGGCGUGGAGCCGCUCCUAGAACACAGAGAGCCCCCCCCCCCGGCCCCCCCCGCGGCGGCCGAGCGCCCCCCCAAGAGGUGCCGGACCGAGGCCGAGGCGCCGGGGGCCGGGGACCUGGAGGCCCCGCUGGGCCAGGACAACUGAAGGGCCCGCCGGGCAGCUCUGUGAUCCCCAGGCUGGGGCCUGGGGCGGGGGGGGGGGGGGGCAGAGCGCAGGACCCCGGACCUGCUACGCCCAGGGACCCACUCCACUGUAAAGCCCCCUGGGCCCCCCCCCCCCCCCCCCUGGGCCACCGUCUCCACCCCCCCCUGGGCCACCGUCUCCACCCCUCAGCCCCCCCCUGGAGCCCAUUGCAGCCAUCACGGCCUCCUGCCUCCCAGUUCAACCAUCACGGCCUCCUGCCUCCCAGUUCAACCAUCACGGCCUCCUGCCUCCCAGUUCAACCAUCACGGCCUCCUGCCUCCCAGUUCAACCAUCACGGCCUCCUGCCUCCCAGUUCAACCAUCACGGCCUCCUGCCUCCCAGUUCAACCAGUACCUUUUGUAUCUGGGGAACCCAAGGAAUAUAAAUCGGUGAUAUUUUUUUACAUGAGAGAUAUUUAUAUUUUUUAAAAGGAAAAUGAAUUGCAAUGAUUUGAAUGUGCUGUUCGACCUUUGGAGCCCUGGAGAAAUGUUAACAAAUGACAAAAGAACACGAAACGGCAACCCCUCUAAACAGCCAUGUGGGGGCGCUGGCUCCCUUUAGUCGGUCGCACUUUGUAAGAUGUGGAGUAGAACCAUUAUGACGCUGUUCGAAAUGCCCAUCCUGCCAUUUUGGAUCCACCAUGGGUGGUAACCAUGGCCACAUAACGUACGCAGUACGACUCUAAAAUGAACCGCCACAGGGUUCGUUUGUGUAAGCAGCUGGCGUCAGUGACGUCCUGUACUCAUUGCUUUGAGAGGGUCACCUUUAUUCCAUAGUAAGUACUUUGCUUGUUUUGCUAGACAAAAUCUUGAUUAUUGUUUAUCUCUAUUUUUAUUGUACAAUUUGUAUAGAUUUCCAAUCUUGUGUGCAGUUUGUAAACUCUGAUGGCAGUCCUUCAGCUCUCAUAGGCAUCACAGGCUUCCCGCUCGCCUCAAGGCUCAGACCUCUGGGACAUGAUGAAGCCGUAGCUGAUGCUUUCUGUCUGAUUAAAUAAGAUUUAGCCGUUUCCUCUUUGCGUUCCUGUCAGAUUAAAUAUGUGCGGUCGGCGGCUUUCUGUUCAGCCAGUCACAACAUUCUAGAAGUUUUGAGAAGGACAUAGGGGCCUCUGUUCACACACCUUUAAACACAUUCUCUCCUGCCAUCCAAAGGUGAAAUGUGUACCGGUAGUCUUUGGGCUGAAAACUGCUUGUUGGAGGUUCCCACCAACUGAUAGAGAAGGCAUUCACUGUCUCUAAAAUGAUGUUGACUGUUGUCUCUGUUUUUGUUUACUGGUCUUAAAAAAUGUAUUUUGCUUUUUUUUCCUCCAAAAAUGACAUGAUUAAACACGCAUAUACCAAGGCCGACACUGAAUGGAGCUAUGUUGGUUAUAUUUAAUAAAUUUAGAAUUUACAUA